AUGGCGGGCGCAAUGAGAUUCAGGAGUCAUUCUGAGAUCACGGCAGCGGCACUGGUACGCCCUCUCUGCUGCCGCGCGGCCCUGCAUGCCCCUCUGUGCCUUGUCGCGCCCAUCGGAUCCCGCGCGCCUCCGCCACAGCCACGACUGCCGCUAACUCGCCAUCUUCCCCUGCCCCGCGUGCUCCUCUCCCCCCACCGCCAGGUGCUUCUUUCCCUCUGCGCCGCAGCGGCGUCGCCGUGCGUGGCGGCCAUGGACGGCGCGUAUCGCCCUUUGGACAGUGCUACUGGAGGCCCGCCCCAGCUCACUCCGCAGCCCCGCCGUGCUGGCAGUGGCAGCAGCAGGCGGCAACUGCAGCAGGGCGUGGGGGGCCCGAUCAUGUACAAGAACAGCGGGCCCGUGAUGUUUGCGAACGUGUCGGUGAACUUCAUCUGGUACGGUGGGGCGAUCGCAGAGGAGGCGAAGCAGGCCAUGCGCAACCUCGUGCGCGGCCUCACCAACACCUCCGACCCCGCCAACACUCUGCCGCUGUGGUGGAACAUCAACCGGCGCUACACCAACAACGUGCCGCGCAACGUGACGGGCAACAUCACGCUGGGGCGCGAGCUGGUGGUGGCGGGCGGGGACCUGCUCACCUACAACGCCACCCUGAGCGUGGUGAGGGACGCCAUCGCUGUGGGGCUGCUGAACCUGAGCGCCAACGAGAUCACCUUCCUGGUGACCGCCAACACCAUCGCCCAGACGGGCUUGCGCAACGACGCCACCAAGGCCUACUGCGUGGACUACUGCUCCUGGCACAGCUGGUUCUCGUACAACAGCACCAACAUCAAAUUCGUGUGGCUCGCCGACCCCACUGACAUGUGCAACCGGUGUGGGGCGCCAACGGAGGUGUUCAACUACUGGCAGGUGCCGCACGGUGUGGCGCCGGUGGACGGGCUGGUGAACCAGGUGGCGUACCACAUGGCGGCCACCACCACCAACUGGGACCUCAGGACCUGGUCCGACUCCAACUCCUACGAAAACGCUCAGAAGUGCUACGGCUGGUUUGGAGGGUACGAGGAGCUGCACGUGGAGGCGGCGAAUCGCAGCAUGGUGGCGUGGAACCACCAGGGGCUCAACGGCGAGCGCUUCCUCAUCCAAGGCAACUGGGACCGCACCCUCAACAACCGCUGCCUCCUCUCCGCUCCCUUCCCACCACCUCCGCCUCCUCCCCCGUCUCCUCCUCCUCCUCCCUCUCCUCCACCAUCCCCUCCCCCUCCUAGUCCUCCACCGCCUUCUCCUCCUCCUCCCUCCCCACCCCCUUCUCCCCCCUCCCCACCACCAUCUCCCCCGUCCCCUCCACCCCCUUCUCCUCCUCCUCCAUCCCCCCCACCUUCUCCUCCUCCUCCAUCCCCCCCACCUUCUCCUCCUCCUCCAUCACCCCCUCCUCCUUCUCCUCCUCCACCCCCCCCCACUCCGCCAUCCCCCCCUCCCCCCAACCCAUCGGUUGGGCGCCCCAACCCACCACCGCUCCCCCCGGUGGUGCCACGCCCCAUGUCUGACUUUGUCAAGUGGUUCCGCAAGCGCUUUGGCCGCGGGCCAUCCCAGGGGUCUCCUCCAAGGCCCAAGCCGAAACUUGGACGCUCUGUGGGCCUACCUGCGUAG